AUGUUUACAAAUAUAAUCAAUUGAAUUUUCAACAGCAAUAAGGCUUUGAUUGACGGGAAAAAUAGAUCCCUUCGGUUUUCGUGAUGGGUAGCGAGACAAAAAUCUCUAAAGCGGAGCGUUUUAUUCAAAAUCUCAAUGUAAUUAACGCAAAAAAACUUGCACUGCUAAUGGUGAUUGGUUUUAUAAUCUACCAUGGCCUGUUACACUUACGAUAUGGAAGCGAUUCUUGUAAAUGGUUACUCAGCGAUGGAAGAUUCAAAGGAAACAAGGAAUGGCAACCGUUCGGAUGUAUGCUACAUAAAUAUACGGAAACUGAUACAAGAAAAUGUUUUCGAUAUUUGGCCUUUUGGGGGAAUCAGAACCACUUUGUUUUCAUUGGAGACGUUCGCAUUCGAACGUUAUACUUAGAGAUGAUUAACCAUCUGAAACCUGCUGACGCUGAUAAUGCUUCAAUUCAAUCCAUAUUGGGUAAAACAGAGAACUUGCAAUUUGUUGAUUAUAAACUCAGACUACAAAUCAAUUAUAUCUACGCUAACGAAGUAUCGAGAAGUGUGGUGGAUGAAUUUAUCAAGUGGCAACACGAAGAGGAUCCGCCUAUCUUGAUUGUCGCCAGUUGUACUUAUUCUACUAUUCAUAAAGUGAAUGUAAGCAAAGAGCUGCUGAAGGCAUUCGAGAGAAAUCUAACAACACUGGUGAAACCUAUCGACGAUCUGAUGUCGAAGAAAUCGAAAGUUAUUUGGAAAUUGCAAGAUCCGAUAUACCAUGAUCAUUCGAUGGAUGAAUGGACUUACGUCCAAAACGAAGACAUUGAUAAAAUCAAUCAAGUUGUGUACAAUAUAUUGAGCUAUUCUAGUGCAAAAAUAUGGUCCUCAUCGAAAAUGAUUGCAUCUGGACUGGCCGACGAGUUCGUAGACGGACACAAGCUGGAUCGGUUGGCUUUGAAACAUGAUGUGCAAAUAUUGCUAAAUAUGUACUGUAAUGACUAUAUGAACUACAAUGAUGGCACAUGCUGCAGUAGUGCGGAGCCAUAUACAAUCAUCCAAAUUAUAACAUACGCAAUUUUGGGAGUUUGCCUCGCGAUUGCAGCAGCGAUGAUUAUUCGGCGUUGUUUGUUGAAACUUCGGGGAGUUAAUUUUUACAUGCCACUAAGCCAGACGGCAGCUUCACCUGCGCCAUCAUCCGCGGAUUCUCAGUCACCAGUGCUUGCUUUAGCUUCGCUGACAAUCAUCAUGUCAUACUUCUAUAUUUGCGAUCGAACGAACUUCUUCAUGAAAGAGAACAAAUAUUACUCAGAGUUCAGUUUUUGGAUUCCGGUUGGAUACGUUUUUGUGGUUGGUUUGUUCUUCACAGAAGACAAAGAAUGCUCUUUACAUCUACACAGUGCCGCAAUACAUGGAGUCUUCCAUUAACCCUUUCAUCGCCCCGUCACACAGAUAUGGGACUUUCGUCGUUCAAUUGUUCAAAUUGAGUAAGAUUUUUAAACGGAAUUGAAGAAUUGAAGAAUAGGCACCUAAAUGUAACCUUAAGAUAUGUAGAAAAAUAAUAAAAUCAUAACAAUAUUAUUAUAAUGUUUAUGCUAUACUUUUCAUUAAUUUAUAGUAUGCAUGGUUUGUACUGCAGUCGCGAAAACCAUAUAAUAUUGGGUUGGGGAAAAAUAAAUGUCGUAUAUUGUCAAUAUAUGGCAACACUUAAACAUAUCUUGUGUUGUACUUAUCGCAUCGAGUCAUACUAUACGGCUUUUUAAAAACGACAAUCUGGGCUAUUUUGACAGUGUUGUGAUUGUCCUUUUCAGUCUCAAGUGAUAGCGCGUCAAAGAUGGAGUCCACCAAGCAAGAAAUUCGUCAUAUUUUACGUUUUCACUACCUGCGAGGUAAACUGCAACGAAGGCGGCCGAUAAAAUUCGUGUAGUUUAUGGACCUGAUACUGUAACGAUUCGCACAGCACAGCGUUGGAUUGAUCGAUUUCGUUCUGGUGUAGUGGCUGUCGAAAUUACACCCCGUACUGGUAGGCCAAUCGUCGUGGAAAAAGUUCUCAAAUGCGGAUCAACACUAUCGUAGGAGCCUGCCCGUUGGUCUCAAAUGUUCCUAUCUCAUGCGUCCACGAAGAUCAUAUGACGACAUUUUUAGAUCGGGCGUGAACUCUCCCGGGGAAGGCCUCCCGGGCCAUUGGAGGCUUAGGGGUGCGUCUGAUCUCCAUGUUAGGGGCGGCGCACCGAAAAGGUUCCUCUGGCAAGCUGGGACUCUAAUAUACCUUGCCAACCCGUUGUCUCCCGGGCAAAAGAGAUACACCUAGUAAAAAUGGAGCUAAGUUCAAGAAGAAUUUUGAGAAUGCGAUCGCCCGAGGAGGGCCCCAGAACUGGAGCUGGUCCUGGAACGGGCGUAAGAGCGAGCGGCCAGCGGCUGGAGGACGAGGUGCAAGAGCGGGCCACCAGCCGGGUUCAAUCCGAAGUGUUACCGCCACACGGUAACAGCAGCCACCGACAUCACCCACGAAACGCUGCGCCUACGAGACAUAUUGCGGCUGCCAGACGACAGUCGUCCACACUUGUGAGUACCACUAGGCGACGGAUCAUGUGGACACACGAUAUGAAUAGAUUCGUGAUCCGCGCCUAUUACAUCUGCACUGCUUUGGAGACGGACAUGAGCGGUCGCCCUCAAAUACGAUGUUCGAGGAAGCGUAUCCAGAAUUCGUCGGGAGGCUUGAUCAGAAUGCGAUGAACGCGAGGCGUAGAGCGAUAGUACGCAACAACAUGCUCUCCCAAACGCAAGUCGACAAGAUCAAGCAGCAGGCGCAGAGAGAAAUAAGCUCCAGGAACAACAGAGCAAGCGAGCAGAGCCGGACGACCCACAGCCAGAUCAACAACUACUACGCGAUCUAGUCUUCCACUACGACGAAGCGAUCUCAUAGUUUCGCGACACAGACCCUUUGUCGCGCCCCAGGAUCCCGAAAUUCCAGCAUUCCCGCAGGCUCACGAGUGCAGUAAAGCGAUGUGACGAACUUCUGGGCUGGUAUUUGGAAGACCCCAGUACAGCAUCGCGACGGGCAAAUGUGGUUAAGACUGGAGGAGGAGAGUUGUGGUGAAAUUGGAGAGAUGCCAUCUAUCAUCGUCGAAGGGAACUAUGUCCGCGAAGCCUCGUGGUACCUGAGGAACUGGGCAGCACCGGGCCCCGAUGGUGUUCAGAACUUCUGGCACAAGAAGUGGCCCGUAUUGUUCAUCGACCACUGGCGCUUCCAUGUGCUCUACUGUAAGACAACGUACCAAACUACCGAUACCUGCCUGCACCUGUCCUGGAAAAUGACCGUUUCAAGCUGUACUGGGAUCGCACUGUUCUGAGCUACCUCUCGAUCCACCACAACCGUCCGGAUAUAAUGGUUUACGACAAGAGCGACCGCAAAGUCACCAUCAUCGAUAUCGAUAUUCCACUGAACCAAAAUCUGGAGGAGAUCCACUGUCGCAAAAUUUGUAAAUACCGCCCAUUGGCCGUGGAACUCAAAGAAUUGUCGGGGUUAAGGGAGGUCUCAAGAAUUGUUCUAGUCGUUCUCUCUGGAACUGAAAUUAUCCCGAAGACUCUUCUGGAAGCGCUUAAGGUGUUGAACAUGGAGAAGGAAUUGGCCGGCAUCCAAAAGUCGAUCAUCGUUAGCACUUGCGCGAUUGUCCGACAAUUCCUAGGUCAAGACUAAAACAGCACGAGCAUGCAGAUACGUGCAUUCCGCAGAGCAUAGUCCACCUUUGGCAUUUAGAAGCCCGGGGCAGAUGAAUAUUCUGGCUAGGUUCGCCUAGUCAAGAAGUGAGACAAGUUUGCCAUAAAAAAAUAAAUAAAGGAGUCUUCGUAGUCUAACUGGUUGCGUGUCCGCUACUAAGCGAACAAUCAUGUGCUCAUAACUCAGGUAUAACUCAUAACUGUGUUAAAAUUAGGGAAAACGUGAUCUAUCAAAGUUCUACUGUUUCUAGUAAUUCUAGUUACAUCGGAAACAGACUGUUUCACAUUAUAAAAAUCAGAGAGUUGUUUCAGCUGCUUCGAAUUCUGCACGUCGAGCCAAUCAAUGUAGAAAUCACCAGCAAUAAUAUUGAAUUUGCUACUAUUGAUGAAACUUUCCCACCAGUUUUCCAAAAUUUCUAAAAAUCACUGGUCACUUGAACUGGGAGAAUGGUAUAAAAUUCCAAAAUUUCCCAUCUGCAUAACCCUUCCAAUUGAAAUUGCCAAGAACCUAUUAUUUUCAACAGAUUUGUUUAUCCGAAUGUUGAAUUUAAUUAAACUGACCAGACGUCCCGCGUUACGUGGGACAGUCCCGCAUUUCAAUAAAAUGUCUCACGUAAGAUUACGUCCCGCGAAAUGUCCCGCAUUUGGUAAAAGAAACGAAAAUGUCCCGCGAUAUCAAUAUAUUUCAAUAUCACAAUUUGAUCAUGUUGAUUUUCUUGAAUGGAUGAACCUCAAAAAAAACUUUUAUUUGGCAGACUGUUCAAGAGCGCUUCUAAUGCAUUCAAAGAUCAAUACGUUGAGCUAGUUUCAUCGCACCGACAGUGGGCUUUUUGUUUAGAAUGUGUCAACUGGAAGCUACAGCAACAAAAUUGGAAUAUGAUUUUUAUAAAAGUCCCCAAUGAUCCGCAGGGACCAACGUGAGCCGGGCGAAGAGUUCAUUUUUGUUCCCCUAGCUCGGUCAAGGCUUAACGUUUUAAAUAAGCCGGAAGAACUACUGUAUACUCGACAGGAAGAGGCAGGGUUGUUUGAUGCAGUAUCGUAAACGAAGCGCUGGGCGGUCUUACGGAAGUUGGCCGGAACCUCAACCAUGGCCGAUGAAAAGAUGUAUGUCGGCGUGUUCUUUUACCUUUUCCUGGCUUUGGUGGUUGACUGUCUCUCCAUUUUGGCCAUUCGCCCAAAAUUUUUCUAUCGGUCGCAGCUGAAGAAUGUUGGGAAAGUUGGCGGUCUUCGCGACAUUGUUUAUCUCCAGCCGAUCCAUCCUCCAGUGAUCUUUUGGCGUAAUGGGUUGAUCCCAAGUUCGGCAUAAAGACCACAUCACCUUCGCAACUUCCGGCAAGCACUUCGUACUAUAUAUCUCCCUGUUCACCAUAUGACUCGAAAGAAGAGCGGCUUGGAAAUUCUUUUCACGCCAGUCAGAGAAGGGCCUUCUUCGAGAACUUGAUGUGGAUGAUAUAUUCGACAUCAUCGCUUACCUGGGAAACGUAAAGUACCUGGUCCUCUGCCAUUCGUUGAACUCUAGCAUCAAGUACGUCUCAUCUUUAAUUAUGAGUACGAAAAGAAGUUUUUCACCAGUGAACAAGAGGGUUUUCACCAGUGAAAAAGAAGUUUUUCACUUCUUUCGCCGGAAAGAAGUUUUUCACCAGCACCUCAAGUUACUCCUUCUGGGUGAUUGCCUGCUGCUCAGAUAAUGCCGGUCUCGUCUGACGCUUCCGCAUAAAAAUGUCCAUUUUGGCCAGAUUCUCCUUCACCGUUUGGCCGGUUGCUUCGAUCUCCCGGCUUAAGGCAGGGAGAUGAUGUUGUAAAUACCAGAUCGGCUAUAUCUGGCGGACACAAAGCGCCUCGGGAUGUCCAACUCAAGUUGCUUGACAGCGCUGCAUCUGCGAAUCAACAACCUUGAAUCAUUUUUUGUUAAUAAACUUAAGAUUUAAGGGAAAUAUGUUCCAUUAAAUUAUCUUCCAUCGCCGUCCGAAAUUGGUCCAUUUUUUUGAAUGCAUACGUUAUCACUAAAAUCGAUGAAAAAUGAAUUGGAAUUUUCGAGCAUUCCAUUCGGUAAUUUGAAGAAAAGUAUAGAAUUUGAAUCGUGCAUGCCAGGCGCAAAUGCUCUGAUUGAGCGAGUGAUUUUUAGGCGUAAACAAAAUCUAAACCACCGAAAAAUCACAACUGAGCGCCGAUACUUAGAAAGAAAUAAUACAGAUCAGUUUAGACUCGCAAAACUUUGGUUUAUAUUAACAUAACGUUUUGUUUUUUGUGUCCCGCGUUAGACCUCUGGCCACUUUAUAUAUACAUAUCGUUUUGUUUUUUGUGUCCCGCGUUAGACCUCUGAUCAUCUGGUCACUUUACAUUAGACAAGAAAUAAUACAGAUCAGUUUAGACUCGUGAAACUUUGGUUUAUAUUAACAUAACGUUUUGUUUUUUGUGUGUCGCGUUAGACCUCUGGUCACUUUAUAUAUACAUAACGUUUUGUUUUUUGUGUCCCGCGUUAGACCUCUGACCAUCUGGUCACUUUACAUUAGACAGGAAAUUUAUUUAUCCGGAAAUUUUUUGCCUGGAACACGAACAGAAAAUAUAGUAAAAAAGUAAACAAUUUGACGAUUAAAAUGAGUAUGUUUUGCAAUAACCACUCGUUUUCGUCCCCGACGCAACGAGCAAUCUUUUUGCCUUCAAUUCGAUGUUAACCCACAAUGUGAGUCGAUGCGUAUCAGAGUUAUUCUCCAUUUGUUGGGCAAACAGGCAUAAGGUGGCAGAAUCAAUGGAGGGAUAAUCUUGGAAGAUGGUUUUACUCUAUUCUGCCCAAUGUUCAGUCUAUUCGGGCGCAAUUCAUGUUUUUAUCGUAAAGGUAUUAUGUAAUUGUGGUCCAGGAUGUCAGAAUAACGAGCAUGUUGUUUGGUUAUGUAAAAAAUGCAAUCAAUGAAUUUAACUGGCUGCUGAUUUAGAAGUUUGAAAGGGUAUACUCAUACUUCUGUAGUCAUAGAUUUAUUUGACUUACGCUUAUAUUUAUGUGUAUCUUAACUAUUUAGACUUGUGUUUAAAAAUGAUAAAUGAUAACUCCUUGUCUUUUUGUACAUAAUUGAAUAAACAGAUGAAAAGUGUAUUAAUGGCUUUAAUGGUAUUUUUGUGUACAAUUUUGAACAGAAUUUAGUUAUUGAUCCUACCACGUUAUCUCAUAUUGUCCGUUUAAAGGAUAGAAAUUCAUACAGGCAAC